UUCUUCUACGUCAUACAAAGAAGUAAACAAUUCAACAAGAAGAAGAUUACACACAAAAACUCCAAAAAGUCUCCUCUGUUCUCAUAGUCUUCUCUUGACACUUUCUUGAUUUUUGCCCCCUUAUGUAAUCCAUCUGUUUUCUUCUCCUCUUUACACCUCUUCAAACUUUUUUGUCUAUACAUAUUCUACCCCAAACACACAAAUUGUACCAAUAAUAAAUAUGUUUGUACCUUUACACCCUCCUGCAAACAUGGGUGCUCUGUUUUUUCAAGUUCUACUUUUUUCCUUGAUAGUAUCGAAUGUUGAUGCAAGGUUUAUAGUUGAGAAGAACAGUAUUAGUGUUCUGUCUCCUUAUUCAUUGCACUCCAAACAUGAUGCCUCUAUUGGUAAUUUUGGUGUUCCUGAUUACGGUGGUUCUUUAGUUGGAACUGUUGUUUAUCCUAGCAAAGGUGCAAAUGGCUGCGCUGAAUUUGAUGGAGAUAAACCCUUCAAGUCUAAGGCUCAUCGUCCUAAUAUCCUUCUUCUUGAUCGUGGAGACUGCUAUUUUGCAUUGAAGGUAUGGAAUGGGCAACAAGCUGGAGCAGCUGCAGUUCUAGUUGCUGAUAGUAUAGAUGAGGCUCUUAUAACUAUGGAUUCUCCUGAAGAAAGUACGGAUGCAAAUGGAUACAUCGAGAAGAUUGGUAUCCCGUCAGCAUUGAUUGAAAAGUCCUUUGGUGAUACAUUGAAAGAAGCUCUUAAGAAGGGAGAGGAAGUUGUGAUCAAGAUGGAUUGGACGGAAUCAAUGCCUCAUCCUGAUCAGCGAGUUGAGUAUGAAUUGUGGACUAACAGUAAUGAUGAGUGUGGGGUUCGUUGUGAUGAGCAGAUGAAUUUCAUCAAGAACUUCAAAGGACAUGCUCAGAUACUUGAAAAGGACGGUUAUACUAUGUUCACGCCUCAUUAUAUUACUUGGUACUGUCCUGAAGCUUUCAUUCUUAGCAGCCAGUGCAAAUCUCAGUGCAUAAAUCACGGGAGAUAUUGCGCUCCUGAUCCUGAGCAGGACUUUGGGGAGGGGUACCAAGGGAAGGACGUUGUCUUUGAGAACUUGAGGCAGCUUUGCGUGCAUAGAGUCGCAAAUGAGAGUAGCCGUUCUUGGGUUUGGUGGGACUAUGUGACGGAUUUUCAUAUUAGAUGUUCAAUGAAGCAAAAGCGAUACAGCAAAGAAUGUGCUGAGGAGGUCAUGAAAUCGCUUGAUCUACCGGUUGACAAGAUAAAGAAAUGCAUGGGCGAUCCAGAGGCUAAUGUAGAAAAUGAUGUGUUAAAGACUGAGCAAGACCUCCAGGUGGGCCGAGGACCUCGUGGUGAUGUGACAAUCUUACCGACAAUGGUCAUCAAUGAUGUUCAAUAUCGAGGAAAAUUGGAGAGGACUGCUGUUUUGAAAGCUAUAUGUGCUGGAUUUAAGGAAACAACUGAACCUUCGAUAUGCUUAAGUGGAGAUCUUGAAACGAACCAAUGCCUAGAAAGGAAUGGUGGCUGUUGGCGAGAUCCUAAAUCUAACAUAACUGCCUGCAAGGAUACAUUUAGAGGAAGAGUUUGUGAGUGCCCUUUGGUGAACGGCGUUCAGUAUAAAGGAGAUGGAUACACAUCUUGUGAAGCCAUUGGACCUGGAAGGUGUACGGUAAACAAUGGAGGAUGCUGGUCAGAAACCAGAAAUGGGCAAACAUAUUCAGCAUGUUCAGAGGGUGAACUAUCAGGCUGUAAGUGUCCGUAUGGUUUUAAAGGGGAUGGCCAUAAAUGUGAAGAUGUAGAUGAAUGCAAGGAAGGAAUUAUUUGUCAGUGUGAUGGCUGUAGCUGUAAGGACACAUGGGGCGGAUUCGAGUGUAAGUGCAAAGGAAAUCAACUGUACAUAAUGGAGCAUGAUACUUGUAUAGAAAGACACUCGUCAAAGAUUGGACGGGUCCUUAUGUUCUCUUUCCUAGCCAUUGCAGUGGGGGCUGGUUUAGCUGGUUACACCUUUUACAAGUAUAGACUUCGGUCAUACAUGGACUCGGAGAUUAUGGCCAUCAUGUCACAAUACAUGCCUCUCGACAACCACAAUCAGAAUCAGGUUGUCCAUCAUGAAGCUGAACCUCUACGACAGAGCUCAGUAUGAUGAGUGUUGCCUGGUGCUAACGUACGAUUUCCCAUCCUUCUCUUGGAUAGAAGAUGAAGAACAGAGUCAUAUUUAGAGGAAAACUACAAUGAGAUACCUGAUGCUGGUUUGCCAACUCUCUAGUCCAUAAAGAACUGGCUUUUUCCAUUUGUGUAUAAUAGAGUUUUGAGAUGUAAAUGCAGGAUCCAUUUGUGUUAAAAGGACAUAUAGAACAAAAUACACUU